CAGUCACCGUCAUGAGCAAUUAUUUUGUUAUAAUUGACUGGCUAAAUAGCUUGUUAUUCUUUCACCCAGGAUGUCAGCACUAACUGAUAUUUUGCCCGUUGAAACUCUACACGAAGUUGUAUCUUCGUUGGAUUCUCCUUCCGACAUUUUGUCUUUCGGGAUCUCAAGCAAAGCCCUAGCGGACAUUGCCAUUCCUCACCACCUCAAAUUCCGCGUGUUUCGUGUCCGAAUAUCUCGCUCUGCUGCUAUCUGGCGCUUCUUUGCUCAAGCAGAUCUGACCGCAGGUGAAGUUCGCGAACUUGAUAUUCUACCUGAAAACAUUUCGGAUGUGUGUCAUGGAGAUUAUGGUCCGGAUCGUUGGAUGGCCGAGCCUUUGGUUCCUCCUAAGGAACUAUUUGAAGGAGGACAGGCUCAACAUUUCAAAGGCAGGCCAUCAUUUGAGCAAACGAGAAGAGAUGAAAUGCUCCUUGUUGAUGCUGUGAAGCGAAUGAAGAAUCUCCGGCGUUUUGGAUGGUAUCGAUCACCUCCCCCCGUGAUCGUCGAACAAGACGAUCUUUGGCACACUUUAGGCACCCUAGGAAGCUUAGAAGAGCUGGAUGUUGUUGAUGAGCCGUUUUCGGUGCUUACUCAUGCGCCAGCUGGUUAUAUAGCUGUAAAGCCGCUAGCCAGCACGGAAACGUUUCUCAAUUUGAGAGGACUCAAGAAUCUCACCAUUUGUACUCAUGCUUAUGACCAAAAGCAAGAUAAGGUAGAUUUGACUGGUAUUGUUGGAAUGCUUGUAGGCAACAAAGACUUGGAGAAAUUGGAUCUGCGACUCAAAUCACCUAUGACAUUGUCAAUAACACCUCUGAUCAUUACCGCACAAUGGAACCGGUUAUGCAUCCUCCACAUUUCUGGCCGAGUUCACUGUAUUCCCUCUGCAUUUUUGGUAUUUCUCCACGCGCAUCCGCUCAUCGAGGAAUUAGCGUUGGCUCCAUUGAUAGUUGGGAAACGAUGGUUUCGAAAGCCAAAAAGUCCGCCCUCAGAGCCUCUCCUGCCCCACCUGAAGCGUUUACGGUGUAAGAUCUUCCAUGUAGUGUGGCUGGUGGAACAUGGCGCAGCAGCAAAAGUUACUGAACUCACUGGAGUAUCUUUGCCUGAGAAAAUCGUCAUGAACGACGUAUUCUUUGAUGAUCCAGAUGAAGUAGACGAGGGGGACGAAGAUGACGUUGUGCUUGAUCAUUCGGGCGACGAAAUACCAUCUCCCUUUCGCGGGCCCUUUUUGGAUAUUCUGAAAACCAACCAACUACCUUUACUGACCAAACUCGGUAUACGGGGUAAUCAAAACGAUGUUCGAGACAUUGCAGCAGCAUUUCCGCACAUCCGCGAACUCAUCCUCGACUAGUUUUUCAGGAUACCCUCCUUCCUCACUUGGCUUCAUUCCCUUCUCUUACUGUUCUCAAAGCGACCGCCCUGUUUGAAUCCGACAGGUAUCAUCUUUACAAAUACCCUAAAUACGAUUUCGUAGGUAAUGUUGUGCGUGUGUCAAAGCUUGCGGAGGCUUGUCCUUUGCUCGAAAGGAUUGUGUUUGAAGACAUACAAAUUGUUUUGAUACGUGGCGGGGACGAGCUAAAGUGGGUGUUCAGAAACCUUGGUGAUAACGCGGCUUUUGCAAGAGAGAAUGAAAACGUCCGUCGUGCUAGUGACCUUGUGGAAUAGGACGAGGCCCAAGGUCCGAGUAGAUUACUUGUCGUGCUCAGAAACAUAUAUAUCGUCGUUCAAAUUGCAUUGCGGUUUCGUUGUAC